AUGACAACAAUAAGGAUUCUGAUUGGGGUAGCAGUUAAGAAGGGAUGGGAAAUGUUUCAAUUAGAUGUGAACAAUGCUUUUCUUCAUGGUGAUUUACAUGAAGAAGUAUACAUAGAGACACCACCAGGUCUAUUUGUAGAACAACCUGGAAUGGUAUGCAGAUUGAAUAAAUCCUUGUAUAGAUUGAAGCAAGUUAGUAGGCAAUGGUAUGCUAAGCUGACAGAAGCUCUUUGUUCUAGAGGGUAUACACAUUCUAUGUUUGAUUACUCCUUGUUUGAUAAAGGCAAAGGGAAUUUAGUAACAUUUGUAGUUGUAUAUGUGGAUGAUGUUAUUAUCACAUUAUCUCACUUAGAAGAGAUUACCAGCUUAAAGAAGUUCCUCCAUGAAACAUUCAGAGCAAAGGAUCUAGGGAGACUGCAUUACUUUCUAGGAUUGGAGAUACUCUAUAAGAGUGAUGGAGUUCUGAUUACACAAAGAAAGCUCACUCAAGACCUUCUUAAGGAAUUUGACUGUAUAGGAUGUACAACUAUGACUUCACCUCUUGAUUCAACAGUAAAGUUGAAAGCAGAUGAAGGAAUAUCCCUUUCAGACCCUGGCCAUUAUAGGAAACUAGUUGGAAAAUUGAAUUUCCUUACAGGAACUAGGCCUGAUAUUGCAUAUAGUGUUCAACACUUAAGCCAAUAUAUGCAGAAUCCCAGAGACACUAACCUAAGGGCAGCAAUACAUGUAUUGAGGUAUUUGAAAGGAAGCUUAUCUCUGGGGAUUUUCUUGUCUAACAGUAGAGACUACAGGAUAAGAGCCUUUUGUGACUCUGAUUGGGCAGCUUGCACUGAAACCAGGAAGUCAGUCAGUGGCUACAUAGUAUUGCUUGGUGACAGUCCCAUUAGUUGGAAAUCCAAGAAGCAAUCUACUAUUUCAUUAUCCUCAGCAGAAGCUGAGUAUAGAGCAGUAAGAAAGGUAGUUGGGGAAUUAGUCUAG